AUGGCUCAGGUGAAACACCCCUUGACAACUGAAUUCAUCCUGCUAGGAUUCACAGAUUACCCAGACUAGAACAUAUUUCUGUUUAUCCUGUUCUCUGCCAUCUACCUCCUCACCAUGGUGGAGAAUCUAGGUUCAGUGGCCUUGAUUUACAAGGAGCAUUGUCUUCACACACCAAUGUAUAUCUUUCUGGGAAACCUGGCUCUGAUGGAUGCCUGCUGCUCCUGUGCCAUCACUCCCAAGAUGUUACAGAACUUCUUUUCUCAGGACAGAGGGAUUUCCCUCUAUGAAUGCAUGUCACAGUUUCACUUUCUCUGUCUGGCAGAAAAUGCAUUCUGCUUUUUGGCAGUAAUAGCCUACAACCACUAUGUGGUCAUAUGUAGCCCUCUGCAGUACCACCCCAUGAUGUCAAAGAAACUCUGUAUUCAGAUGAUUAUUGGGACCUUCAUUUUUGGUAAUCUUCGUUCUAUGAUUCAUGUUGGACUUCUAUUAGGGUUAACUUUUUGCAAGUCUAAUCAAAUUAAUUAUUUUUGUGACAUCCUUCCAAUGUAUAGACACUCCUGCAUGAGUGCUUUUAUUAAUGAACUAACCACAUAUAUUUUUUCAAUGCCAAUUCAGAUAAUUAAUACUGCCAGUGUCUUGUUUUCUUACUUCUGCAUUCUUUGUACAAUUUUCCAAAUGAAAUCUAAGGAAGGCAGAGGUAAAGCAUUCUCUACCUGUGCGUCCCACUUUCUCUCUCUCUCAAUAUUCUUCAUUUGUAUUCUCAUGUAUAUUUGACCAUUUGAAAAAAAUGAUAAAGAUAUACCAGUGGCAAUCUCUUAUACAAUAGUGAUUCCAUUAUUAAAUUUUAUAUAUAGCCUGAGAAAUAAGGAAGUAAUAAAUGUCUUAAAAUUUAUGAGGGCUUAGAAUAUUCUUAAAUAUGUUUCAUCUAUUGCAAAUUGA